CGAGUUUGACGCCGCCUGUGAAGAACUUCGUUCCAAGUUGGCAUCCAUUAUUCCUAUAUACUUCGGCAACAUUGAUUUCAUUCUCAGCUAUGCAGCAGCAGGGAGCUACAUCCGUUUCUUCGCUUUGAAUCGCUUAGGUACUUUGUUCCCAUUGACCGACCGACUCAAUUUGACUAUCCGGGUCGAUCGGCUUCAAGCAAUUCGUGCGGUCAUCAACAUUAUCCGUAUCAUGAUUACCAUCAAGGAUACCCUCCCAACGAACAAGCGUAUUUCUUCGUUUAAUCGUUUGUACCCGUUCGCCAAUGUAAACACGCUUACGCAGAUCUAUGAACUGGCAAGGCACAAGCGCGGAUUAGUGCAUGCCAAAGACUUGCCAAGCGUAAAGAAAGGAUUUUACAAGGUGACACUGAGAACUCAAGGAUUUCACCGUCUGCCACGAACGGAAGAUGAGUUUCAGAUGAUCAUUGAGGAUAUCCUUAACGGGCUUGUAACACUCCACGACUCUGGUUUUGUCCAAGAGACAUCCGAUGGUCGAACAUUUUGUGGACCAUCGACGGCAAAUAUGUUCUUAUUGACUUCGAGCAUUCUGGUCUGGCGAAUGAGAUACCUCAGUUUGAAAGUUUGA